AUGGUCGCCUACUGUACGUUUAUCUCACUCAUCUUCCUGUCCGUUCUUGCUUUACCUAAUCCGACUCUGAUCAGCGGUCUAUCAUCAUCAUCAUCCUCUUCUGAUGGAAGUUCGAGAAAAGAGCUGGACUGUAGUGAUUUUGAUAAAAAGAAUGAAUCUUUUCACGAGGAUUUAAAUGAAUCCAACUUUCAAAUUUUGCUUACUCACCGCUCGAAGGGAUAUGAGUCAUCGCAUGGGCAAUCCAAUACGGAAAGAGACGUAUAUCUCGUCAUAAAUCCACGUUUCGUCAUAGAUUCAUGCACGAUUUGGGAUCGAACAAGAAUUCCAGACAAAUCAAGAAUUAAUCUCUUUGAAAGAGGUACUCGCCGCAAAAGAGAGGCAUCUGAACUCGUGCGUACAACAAAUUCGCCAAUAAGACGUCCGGAACAAUCGAAAGUCGAACUUACUGAACGUCAAAAAUUUUUGAAGGAUAAGUCGUCUAGAAUCAGACGGACAGCAAGAGAAGAGAUCAAAUCAUCUAAAGCAGAGAUCAAGAAGUUGAAGAAACACUAUUAUCAAUUUCAUGACUCUAGAAUUGCGGCAGACGGCGCAAAAAUACAAAGGGGAAACACAAUUCGUGACGCUUGGGCUGACAAAUACAUCGAAUUGGAAACGGUAAAGUCAAAUAUUCGAAGGCAUGAAAGGAGCGGUAACUAUCUGCAACAUAUCCCUGCCAUUCAUCAAGCUCUUCAUGAGCAAGCCAAUAAAAUGAAAGACAUACCUAAUCGUCUUGAAAAGGAAAUGAGUGAUCUUAAGAGCAAGGGCAGGGUUGAUACGAACCAGUACUGGGAACACUCACUAGAAGAAAGUCAGAAGUACUGGAAAUUUCGUGACGAAGUCGACCAGCAUAAGGAUUUAAUACGUUUCAACAAAAAGUCACUUCGUAAACUAGAAAAGCAUAAAGUACAGUAA